AUGAAGAAUGUUAUUCAUUCCAUAAUAUUUUUUGAAAAAGUUCCUGAAGAAAUAUCUGAAAAAGAUAAAAGAAAUUCACAAAUAGAAUACAUUAAUAUUAUAGAAGAAAAAAAUGCAAAUAAAAAAAAAAAGAAAUGGAAUGUAAAUUAUAUACAGUACAAUUUAAAAAAAAUUAUUGACCGUUUAAGGGUCAAAAAAAAAUAUAAUAAAAAUAAAUGUGGACAUAAAAACCUAUUCUUGAAUAAAUAUUAUUUGGCAAAGAAUAAGAUUUCAUCAAUUAAUUUAAUUAAUUUUAAAUUCAUUAAAAAAAAAAAAAAAAAAAAAAUGAAUAAAUUGUCAGUAAAUGAAAAUUUAUUAAAUAUAAACAAAAAGUGUGUAUGCAACUUAAACUUCAAUGAAACAAAUAAUUUAAAUGUAGAUAAAGAUAAUAUAAAAAAAUGUAACUUUAGUGAUAUUGACAACAGUAUGAAUAAUAGUAAAAAAAUGAACAUUUAUAUAAAUAAAUAUAUUGACAAUUACGAUAAAAAUGUAACAGAAGAAAAGAAAAAAGAAAUAAAAAGUAGACAGUAUCUUUCUUUUUUAACUUCACCAAUGACAAAAGAGAAAAAAAAAAAGACAAAUUUAUGUGUUGAAAAUUCUUGUUAUUUUUCUUGUAAAAUGUUAAAAAAGGAAAACUGUUCAUCAAAAGAUAUAUAUAUAUCACCAUUUUAUUUUCAGGAAAAUUUCAAUAACUUUCCUAUUUAUUGUAACCAUAAAAAUAAAAAAAAAUAUGACAUUGCAAUGCCACUAAAAGGAAAACAAAAUUUAUCGAAAAGUACUAUAGAUUCUAAUGUAACCAAAAGAAAAGAAACAAGAGAAAAAAUAAAUGGAAAAAGUAAAGUAUAUUUAAAUGAAGAAAAUGUAUAUAAAACAAAAAAAAAAAAUUCAUAUGAAGAAAAUAAAUAUAUUAUGAAAAUAAACAAAGGAAAGCAAAUAAAAAAAGAAACUGAAGGAUUUAUAUUUAAUAAUAAUGAAAAUAAUAUAUUUAUUAAUGAAUUAAAUAAUACAAAAAAAUUAAUCACACAUAAUUUAAAAAAAAAUGAUGAUUCAAUCGACGAAAUUAUUCAAUUUGAUACGAUAAAAGAAGUCUACGAAAAUAUUACUAGUAAUGAUUAUAAAAAUGCAUUAAGAGAAGGUGAAUAUGAUCAAAUAGACACAAAAUAUAACAGUGAAAAUGAUUUAAAAAAUAUUCGUAUAAUUAAGAAUUCAAGUUAUAAAUUCAUAGAAUUAUGCUCUCAUGAACAAAUAAAACCUUCAUCUGUAAAUAAGCAUUUUAAAGAUAGUAUGGAAAAUAUAGAAACUAAUUCUACUAAAGAUGAUAAUAAUCAAUUAAGAGAAGAAUCAUCAUAUAAAAAUUUCCAUAAAAAAAGCGAUAGAUACAAAAAAUAUACAAGUAAUAAAAAUGAAAUAAACAUUAAUAAUAGUAGAUGCAUUUCAUAUAGUGAGAAUAACAAUUUUUCCUUUUAUGAUAAUGAAGAUUAUCAUGAUAUAACUAUGAGUGAACUUCCCAAAGAAAGGAUUAACAAAAAUAUGUUAAAAUAUAAAAUUCCUGUUGAUAUUGAACGAAUAAAAAACAAAGAAAUGAAUGAUAUAAUGAAGAAAACAACGGAUAACUUCCCAAUGAAAAAUGACAAAAAUGUUACAAAAGAAGAAUUGAUAAAUGUAAAAAGUCCUACCAUCAAAUUUAUAAAAUUAGAUAAGAGAAAUAAUAAAAAAGAAAAUAAUUUUUUAGCAGAUAUAUAUAAUUUAAAAUGUGUAAAAAAAAGCAAAAAUGAAGAAAGAGAAGAUGAAUUAAUAAAUUAUAAUUUCGUAGAAAAAAAAAAAGAAAAAAAAGAUGAUAAUUUCUUAAGUUAUAACAAGGAUAAUAAAAAGAAAAUUAUAUAUAAUAGAAUUUACAAAAAUUAUUUGAAAAAUAAAAAUAAGGCUACUUGUGAGUUCAUAAAAAAAAAUAGUUUUUACUCAAAACAAUCAAUAAUAGAAAAGUUUUUAUAUUUUAGAAAAGAUGUUGAAAAUAAAAAAAAUAAAGAAGAAUAUUUAAAUAGUAAUGAAAUAAAAUAUUCUAAAGAUUCUUUACAUAAAGAAAAAAGUGAAUAUUUUAAUUCAAUACAGGAUAUAUAUCACCUUAAUGAAUUAAAAAUAAAAAAAAAAAUGAAAAAUUUAAAAAAGAAUAGAAUAGCAAAAUUAUUUGUAGAUAAUGAUAAUAUUUAUGUAAAAGAUUUAAAAAUAUAUACAAAUGAAAAAAGAUACAAAAAUGUUAUAUCAAAUGUAAGUAAUAUAAAAAUAACACAAAGAGAAAUUUUGAGUUUGCCUCAAAACCCAGUACAUUUAGGAGAACUAGAGAAUUAUAAAUGUAAACUGAAUAGAAGUAUUGAGAUACCAGCAUUAAAAAUAGAAAGUGAAGAUAUAAACCUUUUUAAAUAUAAAAACACAUGGUAUGAGUUAUUUUUUUAUAACAACACUAAUAACAAAGAAACUCUUUAUAAUUAUUUAAUAAUGCGUCUAAAUUUUGAAUUAAUGAUUAAUCAAGUGAAGGAUAUAGUAAUAAUUGAUAAAAAUACAGAACAUUUUAAUUACCCUUAUAUAUACAAUGCCUAUUUAAUACCACCAAUAAAUGUUCAUGAAGUAGAAAAUUCAUUAAGAAUACAAAAAAUAACAAGUGAUAAUUCUUUUAUAAAUAAAGGUUCGUGGAAUUUUUUAAAAAUAAAGAAUGAAUCUAAUUCUUCUAUAAAAAUGUUAUCAAAUAGUGAUUAUAUAGAUAUGUAUGAUUCUUUUUGUUCAACCAAAAAGAAUUUAUAUAUUCCUUUAAAAAAUUAUCACAGUAGUAACAAGGAUGCUAAAAUUUAUACUUCAAUAUAUAAUGAAAUCAAUCAAAAUAAAAAUAAUUUAGAAAGUAUCAUAGAUGAUAAUGGAAAGGAAAGAAAAAAGGAGCAUGUUAGUUCUUUUUUAGAAAACAAUAUAAGAGAAAAAAACGAAUUAGAAGUAGAGAAAGAAAUAAAAAGAAAUAAAGUAAAAAUAGAUAAAAAUAAUAUAUAUUAUAAUGAAAAAAAUGAAAGUAUGAAUAACAACUUAUUAUCCGAUACUCAAUACAAAAAAGUUGUUUUUCUUGAUAGUUUAUUGUAUAAUGCCCCGUAUGUAUAUAUGACAUUUGCGAAUAGUAAAAUUGAACCUAUUUUUCCAUAUAUAUGUGAAAAUAUAUUUUUUCUUUUUGAAUAUUAUUAUAAUUACUUAAAUAAUUCAAUUAAGCAUUUAAAGGAAAAUAGUUUAAAAAAUAAACUUGUAGUACCUAAUAAAAAUGAAAAUAAAGAUAUUAAUAUAAUAGAUAAGACAAAGAUUAUAAAUAGUUCGAGGGAAUAUAUGAAAGAAGACAAUAUAAAAGAAUUUGUAGAUAUAAAGAAUAAUUCUAUAAGAAAAAAUCUACUCAAUAAUAAAUUAAAUAGUAUUUCGGAUUAUAAAGAAAAAUAUGAUUCUAUAAAUAAAACAAACUCAGUAGACAUAAACAAUUUCAAAAUAAGAAACUUCAUUAACUCAAAAUUGUAUGAUUCAAUAUUUAAUAAAAUUAGAGAUAAAAAUACUAAAAAAAUAAAAAAAAAUCUGGAUAAAGAAGAUGUUGAAAUACCUAUAUAUCUAUGGAUUGUUUUUGGUGGUAAAGAUAUGAAAUCAAUGGACUCUUUAAAUAUUGUUUAUAAAAUUUUAAGAUAUGCAACAGAAAUACCACCAGUAGAAUACGAAAAAUAUGUAAGAAAAUUGAAAAGAGUUAAGAUAAAAAAAAAUCAAAAAGAUAAUUCAAAUGAUAAUUUAUGUGCAGAUGGAAAAUUUGUUGUUAACAAGAAGAUAGAUAUCAAAAGAUAUGUUGAUAUAAAAAUGGAAAAAACUCCUCAAAAUAGAUAUCAACAAUGUAACUUUCUUAAUAGUGAUAUAAGAAAGAAUAUACCUAAUAAUAAGAAAAGUUCAUAUAAACAUAUAAAUAAAAAAAAUUUAUCUCAUAGAAGAGAAUUACCUGAAUUACCUAAAGAAAUAUUUUGUAACAAAAAUUUAUAUAAUACUUCUAUGGAUAUAUAUAAUAGGAUAGUAGCUUAUUAUAAUGAAUAUAAUAAUAAUUAUGUAGUAUUCGGUCCAAAUAAUUAUAAUGAAUUUUUAGAUAUGUAUUAUGAAGAAAUUAAAAGAAAAAAAAAGAAAAAAAAAGAAAUAAAAAAAGAAAAAGAAAAAGAAGAAAAAGAAAAAGAAAAAGAAAAGGAAGAAAAUGAAGAAAAGAAAGAAAGGAAUGAAAAAGAAAGGAAAAAAAAUAUUUAUAUAGAUAAAAAUAGGAAAUAUUUAAAAUCUUCAGAAAUAAGCUAUAGUACUAGUAAUGAAGAGAAUUUAUUUUGUGAAUAUUUUAAAAAAAAUAAAAAUAUUUCAUGUUCUAAUAGUGUUACACUUAAUGAUUGUCUUGAUAAUUUAAAUAAUUUUCCUUGUGAGAAAAAUGUAGGUGAAAACGAAGGGGAAUCCUAUGAUUUUUUUAUAGAAAAAAGUGACGAAUCUAGUAAUUUAAGUACAGAUGAUGAAUUAUUCAAUUUUAUAUCUUAUCAUAUGCAAGGCAGGAAUCCUUCUUUUGAAAAAAGAAAAAAAAAUUUCAGAAAUGAUAAAUUGAAUUACACUGAUAUAUAUGGUCCACUUAUAUUUAAAAACAAAAAAAAAACACAAAAAGUAAAAUAUUCUUUUUUAUUAUUAGAUUACCCAGCUUACAAUAAUAGCAUAGGACAUCCUUCUCCUCUUACAUUUAAAACAAGUGCAUUAGCUGCAUUAAAAGAAGCAAUAAAAGAAAUUAAAAAAACAAACGGAAAUAAAAACAUAUGCAUAAAUAUAUUUGGUUAUUCUUUAGGGUGUAGUGUAAGCUUACAAUUGUUACUAGAUAUAGCAAAAAGUUUAUACAAUGAUUUUUUUGAGGAUGCAAAUAAAACUCCUUUUGAAAAAAAGGAAUCUGAACCAAUUAAAGAAGUAAAAAAUGAAGGUAAUCUAUACAUAAAAUUAAAUCAAAACAACCAAAAAAUUAAUGAGUAUGUGUAUGAUGAAAAAAAAAUACUGACUUUUCAAGAUAUUUUUAUUGAUAAAAUUAAUUCAGACAAAAUUUUACAUGAACAGUUCAUAAAAAGGAAGAAUGGCAAGGAAAAAGAAAAAAUAAAAUUAGAAAAUAUACACAAAAAUAACGUUUUUGAUAAUAUAUCAUAUAUUAGAAAUAGUGAUAAAUGGUUUGAUAUAAAUAACUGUUCGUUUUACAGUAGUGAAAACAAUAUUAUUCGUAAAAAAUAUAUUGAUAAUAGCUAUUGUAAAAAGCUAGAUACAAAAAUGAAAAAUGAACUGAAUAACAAUAAUCCUAUUAAAACAAUUACAAUUAAUGAAAUAUUAAGCAUUGUAAAAAGCAAAAAAAAAUUAAAAGAAAAUAUAUUGAAAAAUGAACUGAAAAUAACAAUUAAUAAGGUUGUAUUAGUUGCACCAUUUACUAACACACAAAAAUUGGUAAAAAGUGUCUUAAAAAAUAGUAUUUUUUAUUUGUUAAGUUCUUUUGUUAUGAAUAAAAAAUGUUCAUAUGUUCAUUGGGACAAUAUGAUAGUGUUAAAAGAAUUUUUUAAAAUAAUUAAUGAUUUCAAGAAAAAUAAAUAUUUAACUGAGAUUUUUCAAAAUUUAACAAUUGAUUUCAUACAUGGUAAAAAAGAUACACUAGUUAAUUAUGAAAUGAGUUUGAAACUAUUUAAACUAACAAAUAAAAUGAUCAUAAAAUAUUCAUUAAAUAAUAUAAAAUGCUUUUUACAUAUAUUUGAAAAUGAAUAUCAUUCUUCUAUUUUAAAUUCUGAUUCAGAAAAUAGAAUUCUACAAAUUAUUUUUAAACCACUUAGAUUGCACCCAUUUAGUACAAUUAAUAUUCAUAAAUUUCAUUUUAAUCUUUAUAAAGAUAUGUACUUGCUAAAGACUGUUUAUUUACAAUAUAUUGCAAAUGCUUGUUCAAAAAGAAUUAAUAUGUGA